CAGGAACUACUGCACGGAGGACAGGCGGGGGCCAGCGAAUUUGUGUUCCUUGAUCACCACAAGAAGAGCCACGUGGUUGAUCAUUUUAUUUUGAUACGAAGAAGUCUUCCUCGGACUCGAUGGCUUCAAAACGGAAAAGCCAUUUUUAGGAAUUGUAAAGCAGCUACCUGAUCGUGAUCCUGACGGACGUGUGUAUUUUUUGAAUCGUGAUAAGUGUGAAGAAUUGAAUUAUAGUACAGUUCAUUGAUCACGUCGACGACAUCGCCCCGCGCGUGCGAGCUCGAAGAUCUUCCCGUGUUAGUGGAGUAAAACACUUUUGACUGCAGCAUUCAGAAGCAAAAUCUAAAAAAUUGACUCUCAUUCACGCAGUUGUACUAGACAAAAAGACAGAUCAGCAUGCCUAAAGAUCUUCUUGACGCCAGCGUAUUUUUUUUAUUUUUUUGUGUCCACUGUUGCAACAGAUAGAGAUUCUGAUGUGAUUGAGAAAAAGAACUACAACUUCGAAAAACGAAACAAGAAGAAGGAUUAGAAGCGAUACUUUUGUGAGAUCAUCUUCAAACUACCUCCGAACACGAAAUUUGGAAAAAAACGUGGAAAUGGCCAAGCGUGCUCAGAUCAUCACGCUCAUGCAUAGAAGUUUCAAUGACCUCCUACUCUGGUGAAGCUGUAAGCUCCUGCUCACGUCGAUCUGGUUUUUACUUAGAUCUCUCUUCAAUUUUUAGGUUUUCCUUUCACUACUUCAACUUUUUUUUGCCAUAUGUCAAAGAAACCUCCAUAGUCGCAAUCAUCCAAAUUUAUCAUCACAGAGUUUGAGUUUCAGUUAAGUCGUAUUCUAAUUUUGUUUCACCGUCGUUUCGCGACCAAUUUAUCCUCGAAUUACUAGAAGAUAUAGCUGCAACAUUCUUCGCCCUUGGAAGAGAUCAUUUUUACCUUGCACGCGACAUUAUUUGAAGCACAGUUUAUCCUUAUUUGCUCCCCGUUUCUUCUUCACCCAAACUCCUUUCAAAAUGACGAUCGAUAUCAAUCUCCUCCGCGAAAACAAGGGCGGUGACCCGGAGAAGGUUCGGGAAAGUGAGCGCCGCCGGUUCCGGGACCCGAAAACGUAUCAACCGCAAAUAUGUCUGGGCCUGGAAGAGUGGAGCUUUGUCAUGCACGUUUUGCAUGAGCGAUGACAUCUGUGACGUAUUUUUUGCAUCACAGAUUUUAAUAGGGCAUCUUGAUGCCGAUUCCGCAUGACAAAUGCCCUCUCCGCUUAGCAAAAAAUGGCCUCCUUUUGCUGCUCAUGCAACACAGAUUUUUCUAGAAUCCAAAUGCAGCAUCACAAGUUGCACUCUUCCAGAUCCAGACAUAUUUGCAGUUCAUAAAACGGUCGAUGAGGUGAUUGCCUUGGAUAAGGCUUGGGUGGCGAAGCAGUAUGAUAUGGAGCAGAAGAAGAAAGAGGUAAGAAAAUUAUAUGCGGCGACUUUAGAAGAUGCUGGUAUAUGGUGCAUGAUAACAAGCAUCACAGAUUUUUGCCUAUGUAUGGUUUAGGUUUUCUUUAUUCAAAGUAUAAUGGAUCACGAUCAUAUUUCUCAACCCGCAUGGCAAAUUCAAGAAGAUACGGUGGAAGUACUUACUAGAUCGCAGUUAUUAUGCAGCUAUUGCUAUGGUUGUAUCAUCUAGAUUUUCCCCACGACAAAGAAAACCCCUGUUCAGAUGAACGCCGUGCAGAAGAAGAUUGGCGAGAAGAAGAAAGCCUCGGGCGGGAAGGACAAAUGCGAAGAGGAAAUGGCAGAAAAGGGAAAACUAGAAGAGGCCGUGAAACAGCUGGAACAGGAAGCAGGAGAAUUGCACAAAAAGCGGGACGAAACCUUGGCAAAAAUCGGCAACAUAUCAAAUGCAAAAAUGUCUGGGUCUGGAAGGUUGAAGCUUGUGAUUCUAACUUUAGACUCUAAAAAGAUCUGUAUUGCAUGAUCUAUCAGCGAGGCGAGUCGAGUUUGUGCUACGCGGAGAGGGCAUUUGUCAUGCGGAAUACAUAGGCAUCAGGAAGCCCUCUAAAAAUCUGUGACGCUAGGUCAUGCAUUACAGACAUCCUGGGUCAUGAAAAGGAUGCAUGACAAACCCGGCAACAUUCCAGACCCGGACACUUUUGCACUUGAUACAACAUUCUCGACGAUAGCGUUCCGGUUAGUCAGGAUGAGGAUAAGGACAACGAGGUGGUGGCUUUGUGGGGAAAGAUCCCGACGUUUGACGCCAAGUACUGAUUUUUGAACAGCACAUGAUCUUUUCCAUUUCAGCAUGACAGAAUUGGUUUUAAUUACUGAGUACUGCUCCAGAUAGAAGUUCAUUCGCAUCACAGAGUCAGGCGCAGCAACUACGCCGGAAGAUGAUGUCGCAUAAUUUUGUCAUAACAUGAUCCUCCUGCAUGCCAAGUAACUUGUUCCGCAGCCACAACAAAACCUUUACAAAAAUCCCAGGUACCAAACCGACGGCUUCCGUCCGCAUUUCGAGCUCAUUGAGAUGAUUGGCGGAAUUAACUUCGAAGCUGGGCGGGAUGUUUUUGGUUCAAGAGGAUACUUAUGAAUUGCAAAAGCAUCGUACUAGUACUAAUCGCAUUACAAAUUUUAUCAGCAUGACACAUGGAAUUUCUGAUGCUGAUUUACCUUGAAAAAGAGAUUUGUCAUGCAUAAAUGCGAUUACUACGAGUGCGCUACUUUUGCAGAGGAUAAUACUUUCUCACGGGACCGGCAGUCUUGCUCAAUCAGGCGCUGAUUAACUACGGACUGGCGUUUCUGAUGCGGGAAGGUAUGAUUUGAGUGUGCUACUAUAAGAAUAAGUACACAACUUGUCAUGCGCCAUCCAGCAAUUGCAAUUCCAAUUGACAUUCAAUUUUCGCAUGACAAUCCUAACCAUAACCAUUAUCAGGCUACACCCCCGUCCAGCCGCCGUUCAUGAUGAAAAAGGACGUGAUGGCCCAGGCGGCGGAAUUGAAAGACUACGACGACGUGCUCUACAAAGUUACCGAGGGCGAGGAGCACCCCGAGCUCGACCGAUACUUAAUCGCGACGUCGGAACAGCCGAUCACCGCUUUGUACCGAAACAAGGUCAUCGACAUGAAGGAGCUCCGCCCCCCGGCGAACACGGCCGCGACGCACGGCGGGCACGGCGAGGGAACAGUGGAUUUGAACCCGGACAGCAGUAAGUACGGGAUCCGUUUUGCCGGUGUGUCGUCCUGUUUCCGGAAAGAAGCGGGUUCCAGUGGCCGGGACAUCCGUGGGAUCUUUCGGUGCCACCAGUUUGAAAAAGUGGAACAGUUCUGCAUUGUAGAUGAGGACAAGUCGAAGGAAGAGCACGUGAAAAUCUCCAAAGUUGCGGAGAGAUUUUACCAGUCGUUAGGGUUUCCGUACCGGGUGGUGAAUAUUGUGUCUGGGGAGAUUAACGACGCCGCGAGCAAAAAGUAAUUUUACGUUUCAUAGAUAGUAGCACUCUGUUACUGUUUGAGACUUGUCAUGCACAAAGCGCAAUUUCAGUUUCAGUCUGUCAUGCAUAUGGUGCACAAGUUGUAAAGUUCGUACAAAUUUUUAUCACAGGUUCGAUCUCGAGGCCUGGUUUCCGGGUGACGCCGACGGCAAAGGGCAGUACCGCGAGCUGGUUUCCGCGUCGAACUGCUUGGACUUCCAGAGUAGAAGAAUGGACACAAGGGCGGGGCACGGAACGGAUCAGCAGUUUCCCCACAUGCUGAAUUCGACACUGUAUCAAAUGCAAAAAUGUCUGGGUCUGGAAGGUUGGAGCUUGUGAUGCUAACUUUGGACUGUAAAAAAAUCUGUAUUGCACGAUCAGCAAGAGGAGUCUAGUUUGUGCUACGCGGGGAGGGCAUUUGUCAUGCGGAAUAGGCAUCAGGAAGCUCUUUCAAAAUCUGUGAUGCUAGGUCAUGCAUUACAGACACUCUGGGUCAUGCAAAAUAUGCAUGACAAACCCGGCAACAUUCCAGACCCAGACACUUUUGCAUUUGAUACACUGGUGGCGACCCAGCGGUGCAUGUGCUGUCUCUUGGAAAACUACCAGACCAAGGAAGGUAUAGAUACUGACCGCUUGCUUAUAAUUUCGAAGAAGAUGCUGGUAAUGGUUGUCAUGCAUAGUCUCCGUGAUUUUUUCGAUUUGUCAUGCAAAAUCGCUUAUAAUGCACUCCUUUGUCAACAUGCAAAAACGAAAACGUAACAAAAGGUGUUCGCGUCCCGCGGGUGCUCGUCCCCUACAUGGCCGGUAUGGAGUUCAUUCCGUUCGUCAAACCACCACCCAAGGAUGAGGAGAAGGCGAAGAAGAAGAAAUAAAAAAGAAAAACCUCUUCGGUGCAUCGCUUGAUGACCUUGAGCUGCAGCAGGUUCUGAUUCUGAAACUAGACCGCAUGACAGAUUUCCAACACAGGAGAAUCGGACGUUGGGAAACAAGUGCUGGUGCACAACUACGAGGACUUUUUUGGACUCACACGACCACACCUCCUUGACGAACCUGAAUUACUGUUGAGCUUGAUCAUCUACAGUGGCAGUUGUAACGCUUCCGGGGAGCGGGAAGAUGUUGUUGCCUCCACGACCUCUAUCUAGUGACGCAACUACAGCACCAUCCUCGGCAUCCAAGAUGAACACCAGAAAUAAGCACAACUAACGAUUCAUGGACGAUGAUUUUUCGAAAAAUCAUCCCCUACUAGUACUAAUACUAAAUACUUACCCGUAGUUCGACGGCCGCAUGGUAAUAUGACGCAUCAACGCUAAAGCUGACGAAACCAGAAACAACGUUGAAUUCGAAUUGAUUUUGUUUUUGCGCAAACAAAAAACAUCUACUUCAAACACGACUUGUAAGUACGAC